AUGUAUCAGUUACUCAAACAAUUAAGUCGCCUUAAAAAUUACAACAAAAUGAAACUCCUUAUUGUCGCUGUUGCCGUUUUGGUUUCCUCAGCUCAUGGUCGCUUCUUAUAUCCGGCUGCAUCUGUACCAGUUGUUCAGUAUUCGGUUCCAGCUGCAUAUCCAGUAGCUCCUGCCGUGGUUUCUGCACCAGUUACCAAAACAUAUGUUCAAGCUGCUACGGUUCCAGUUGUCCAAUAUGUCCGCCCACUGACACCGGUGACCACCACAUAUAAACUCCUUAUUGUCGCUCUUGCCGUUUUGGUUUCCUCAGCUCAUGGUCGUUUCUUAUAUUCCGCUGCAUCGGUGCCAGUUGUGCGUUAUUCUGUUCCAGCUGCGGUUCAAGUAGCUCCUUCCGUGGUUACUGCACCUGUUACCAAAACAUAUGUUCAAGCUGCAACUGUACCUGUCGUACAAUAUGUCCGCCCAUUGACACCGGUAACCACUACAUAUGUACGUCCAGCUACAUAUUAUACCCGUACCGAUUAUUUGCGUCAAAAAUAA